GUUCAAAAAUAGCCUCCACUUCAGUCUAGAAACUUCUUCAGGCAACAGUGUUUUGGAGUUCAUGGCAGAAGGAUCUUUCUGCCACGAGAACCAUGUUUUUACCUUGGAUUAAGACUUAAAAUGGGAAGAGCCACAUUCAGAUUUCUUUUCUAAAGUUUUCUUUUUAUACUAAAGUACCAUUUUUCAAAGUUGAAAUUGGACAUUUUUUAAAAUGGCUGCAGUUUCGGGGCAGUUUAUGCAGUUCCACCCAAUCCAUGGAACCAACGUGCAACUGGAUCAUUCUAGAACCAAGGCCACUCGAGUGGAAAGCUUUGCCAAUGGAAUCUGCUUUAGUAAACAUCCACUGAGCCCUGGAGAGAUCUUCCUGGUGGAGAUUGAGGACAAGGAGCUGGGCUGGUGUGGCCAUCUCAGGAUUGGCCUGACCACACGUGAUCCUCGGUCUCUGGAAAUGGUUCCUGAGUACUCUCUGCCUGACCUGGUGGACCAGGGACAAAGCUGGGUGUUUGCAAUCACUAGGAACCACAAUAAGGUUACUGAAGACGAGGGUCAAGGAGAAAUAGUGCAGGCAGCAGAUGGGAGAAAUGAGGAAAUCAACAAACCUAAAAGCUUCUUUACAGACACCCAUCUGUAUAUAGAGAGCAUAAGCAUACCCAGGGACAAGCUGGUGGGACGGAGUCGGCCUGGACGGUUUAGUCACAUCCUGGAUGAUCUGUACAAGACCAAUGCAUUGCCUCCCACCGCACGACGCAGCCGCAUUGGAGUACUAUAUGUGCCGAAGGGACAAGGCUUGGCUGAUAUGCAUAUUGUCAUCAAUGGUGAAGACAUGGGUGCAUCUGCUAAAGGAAUCCCCACCAUUCAGCCGAUCUACGCUGUGGUAGAUGUUUUUGCUGCCACUAAAUGUGUCAGAAUCGUCCAGGUGGAAUAUGGCUUUUCCUCACUCCAGACGCUCUGCCGAAAGACCAUCCAGAAGCAUAUCGUCCACAGAAUGGCUUUGGACUGGUUGGAGCUUCCAGAAAUACUAAAGAACUACUGUAAAUAUGAGUAAAAAUGAAUGAUAAGUUACAAGAGGCACUGUCUGAAGAGCAUUUUACCCCAAGCUACGCAGAUGGAUUUUCACACAUGGUAUAAACAUUUUUAACAAUAAGAAAUACUUUAACAAUUUUACAGAAACUGUGGUGUAAAGUCUUAGUGUAUGUCUGUCUUCUGUAAGCCUUAUUCUGUGUGAUAGCACUUUUCCCUUCUAAAUGCAUUUUACCUACUGUGAAUGUUUUUAUUAUAUAUUUUAUCUUUUAAGAAAAAAAUAACUUUAUUGGCUUAAUUUUGUGCCCAGUAAAUAUCUCUAUAACCUUA